GCGCAGAGAAGGAUGAACCUCUCCAAGAUCCUGCUCAUGGCGGCGGCGGCCUUCGCCGGCGCCGUAACGGCCGACGACGCGUCCAAGGGCCCGCGCGGCCCCGUGAUCGGCAUUGACCUGGGCACGACCUACUCGUGCGUGGGCAUCUACAAGGACCAGAAGGUCGAGAUCAUUGCCAACGACCAGGGCAACCGUAUCACACCCUCGUACGUCGCCUGGGACUCGAACGACGAGCGCCUGAUCGGUGACGGCGCCAAGAACCAGGCCACGAUCAACCCGGAGAAGACGCUGUUCGACGUCAAGCGUCUCAUCGGCCGCAAGUACAACGACAAGUCGGUGCAGGCCGACAAGAAGCUGCUGCCCUACGAGCUCGUGAACAAGGAUGGCAAGCCCUUCAUCCAGGUGGAGGUCAAGGGCGAGAAGCGCCAGUUCGCCCCCGAGGAGGUCUCGGCCAUGGUGCUCACCAAGAUGAAGCAGAUUUCGGAGGGCUACAUCGGCCGCGAGGUGUACGACGCCGUCGUGACGGUGCCCGCCUACUUCAACGACGCCCAGCGUCAGGCCACCAAGGAUGCCGGUACCAUUGCCGGCCUCACGGUGCAGCGUAUCAUCAACGAGCCCACGGCCGCCGCCAUUGCCUACGGCAUUGACAAGAAGUCGCAGGGCGAGAAGAACGUGCUGGUCUUCGACCUGGGUGGAGGUACCUUCGAUGUGACCCUGCUGGCCAUCGACGGCGGUGUGUUCGAGGUGCUGGCCACCAACGGUGACACCCACCUGGGCGGUGAGGACUUCGACCAGCGUAUCAUGCAGUACUUCAUCAAGAAGUGGAAGAAGGACAAGAACCUCGAUGUCGCCUCGGACAAGCGCGCCCUGCAGAAGCUCCGCCGUGAGGCCGAGCGUGUCAAGCGUGCCCUGUCGGCCCAGGCCCAGGCUCGUCUUGAGAUCGAGUCGCUGCUGGAUGGCGAGGACUUCACGGAGUCCCUGAGCCGCGCCCGUUUCGAGAAGCUCAACGAGGACCUGUUCAAGAAGACGCUCGGCCCCGUCGAGAAGGUGAUGAAGGACGCCGACCUCAAGAAGUCGGAGGUCGAUGAGAUUGUGUUGGUGGGCGGUUCCACCCGUAUCCCCAAGGUGCAGCAGCUGAUCAAGGACUACUUCAACGGCAAGGAGCCCUCGCGCGGUGUGAACCCCGAUGAGGCCGUCGCCUACGGUGCUGCCGUGCAGGGCGGCAUCCUGAGUGGCGAGCAGGACGACCUGACCAAGGACGUGCUUCUGAUCGAUGUGGUGCCUCUGUCUCAGGGUAUUGAGACCGUGGGCGGUGUCAUGACCAAGCUGAUCAACCGUAACACUGUGAUCCCGACCAAGAAGUCGCAGACCUUCUCGACGUACCAGGACAACCAGCCCGCUGUGCUGAUCCAGGUGUUCGAGGGUGAGCGUGCCAUGACCAAGGACAACCGUCUUCUGGGCAAGUUCGAGCUGACUGGCCUGCCGCCUGCUCCGCGUGGCGUGCCCCAGAUUGAGGUGACGUUUGAGAUCGACGCCAACGGUAUCCUGCAGGUGUCCGCUGAGGACAAGGGCACGGGCAAGGCCGAGACGAUCACGAUCACUGCCGAGAAGGGCCGUCUGUCCCAGGAGGAGAUCGACCGCAUGGUCCAGGAGGCCGCUGAGUUCGCCGACGAGGACAAGAAGGUCAAGGACCGCAUCGACGGCCGCAACGCUCUGGAGGGCUACCUGUACAGCCUGAAGAACAACGUCGAGGAGAAGCUCGAGGACAAGAUCGACGAGGACGACAAGGACACCGUUCUGACCGCCGUGCAGGACGCCAUGGACUGGCUCGAGGACAACCAGGAGGCCGACAAGGAGGACUUCGAGGCCAAGCAGAAGGAGGUCGAGAAGCUCGUCAACCCCAUCAUGUCCAAGGUCUACCAGGGCGGCGCCGCCCCGGAGGGCGACGAGGACAACGACGACGAGGAGGAGGACGACGACCACGACGAGCUGUAGACGAACAGCCCGAAUCGCGUAAAUGCAUUUGGAAGUUUGUUGUCUCCGUUAUUUGACUUAAGUAAGGUGAUUUUUCCUUCAGUU